GCGCACAGCACAGCUUUAUAGUUUUAGAAGCAAUCAUAGGUCGAGCAAACACAGUCAUUCAGUCAUGUCUUCUAUGAACUACAACAACUUCAACGCUUCCAAUUUCCUACCAAUACGUGACCCUCGCACCAUAGGGUGGACUCUCGUUGGUAACGUACCAUUUCUGAUGACCUUGCUCUCUGGCUACGUGUACCUGGUCAAGUGCGCUGGACCCCGCUUCAUGAAGAAUCGUGAGCCGUGCGAGCGCAUCAAACCGGUCAUCCAGCUCUAUAACGCGUCCAUGGUCCUGCUCAACAUCUACUUCGUGAAAAACUUCUUUACAAGGUCUUACUUCGGCGGGGGCUACGACAUCGUCUGCCAGGGCAUCGACUUCCAGAAAAACGACCGAAUCUCUCAAGAGUUUCUCGAACUCUGCUGGUGGUACUUUUGGGUCAGAGUCGCUGACUUCCUUGACACUGUCUUCUUCGUGCUCCGCAAAAAGGACUCCCACGUGUCGUUCCUCCACGUCGCCCACCACGUCCUGGUGGUCUUCAACGGGUGGUAUGGAUUAACCUUCGGUCCGGACGGACAGGCUGCCUCGGCACUCAUCUUCAAUGGCUUCGUCCACGUCGUCAUGUACGCCUACUACUUCCUGUCCCUUCUGGGCCCGGCCGUGCGCCCGUACCUCUGGUGGAAGCGCUACCUUACGCUGUUUCAGAUGGUGCAGUUCGUCGUCAUAAUGAUUCAUAACAUAAUUCCACUUAUCAGGGAUUGCAGCUACCCAAGGGGCCAUACGAUAAUAGGUCUUCCUCAGGGUGUCUUCUUUAUUACCAUGUUCAUUCGCUUCUACGCAAAAGCAUACAGAGGCAAGCAGAUAUCUCCUCGGGAGAGCAACCGGAGGCAAAAGGCUCAAUAAAGCUGCUGUGGAUCCAAAUUUGUA